AUGACAGAACGCGAAUUUGCAAACAUGUUCUUGUUCGCUAAAGGGUUCGAAGCAUCAACUCUCAAAAUUCCAGCUGGCAUGAAUACAGCGCCUCUUCGACCUGGAGAAAAUGCAAGUGGAAUUAUGGGUCCUCCCGGCAAGAUUAAACAGAUUAUCGGUUUCGCCAAAUUCCGUACAAGAGCAGAAGCUCUGGAAGCUCGUGAUGCUUUGAAUGGUAGAAAGAUUGAUGCAGAGCGAGGCUGUGUUCUGAAAACCGAAAUGGCAAAGAAGAAUCUGCACACCAAACAACGACCAGUUUUGGCAACUGCUCCUGGACAAGAAGGUCAGUCAUCCAUGCACUUCCGUGCAACGAGUCCAGGAAGUCCACCGAUCUCUAGCCCGACAAGUCGAAGCUUCAGCAUUGAUGCCAAUCCACCAGGAAAUACUUUAUUCGUUGGCAAUUUACCCGCAAGCAUUACCUCUCCGCCCAAUUCAACACAACUAGAAGAUGCUUUGUACAAAGUCUUUUCGGUCAAGAACGGUUUCCGUCAAAUGAGCUUUAGGGUGAAGAGUAGCGGACCGAUGUGCUUCAUCGAAUUUGAAGAUGUAGGCUGUGCUGGAAGAGCUUUAGGCGAAUUGAAUGGUGAUACGCUGGAUGGUAUGGUAAAAGGUGGAUUACGAUUAAGCUUUAGCAAACAUCCACUUUUCAAAGGCACAUCUUCUGCUUCUUCCCAUGGAGGUCAACAAACGCCGGUCAGUGCUAAUCAUGCUACAUUCAUGGCCGGUCAACCUGCUGGUUCGGGAGCAUCUUUGCCCAACAAUGAACAAAUUUCCAAUGCUGUUCGUGCUGCCAGAGUUGCUUCUCCUGGCCGGUAA